AUGACUCUCAACACCAGACUCAAGCGCAAAUCUCUCCCCUCCUCCCCUCCCAGGCCCUCAUCUCCGGUCUCCGAGUCCCUCGCCUCUUCCUCACCUCCCAAAGCCCGAUCUGCCAACUCAUUCCGCGGCUCCUCCAAGAUCUGCCCCGUCUGCAAAGCCGUGCUCGUCAACCGCAACGGCAGCCUCGCGCGUCACAUCGAACGCCAUGCAAAACUCGCCAAGAUCGAGGCUAUGAACUUUGAGAUCAAUCUUCCCCGACUGGACACUCCUGACUUCGACGUCAAGCUCGCUCAGAAAAUGUGGCAGUCCGUCCCUGCACGACGUCGCGCAACCGGUGGAGUCUUUCUCGAUGGACCGCUCGCUGGAGAGGGUUUCUUUGAGGGAAUGCCAAAUUGUUUUCUCCCCAAUGGACGAGUCAAGCCGAAGUGGGCGUGGAUCAAGAAGGAUCUUGAUGCGAGGGUUGGACGCGGGCCUUUGAGGGCUCUCAAGAACGCAAAUGCCAACGCUGGAUCUGCCCUUGACAGCAACGAUUUCAUGGAGAUCUAG